GCCACUGGUAAGUGACUAACACUUUUACACACACUGAACUGGUCCUGAGAACUGAGAUGUCUUCUUUGUAAAGUGAAGACUAUACAACAUAAUCUCGAAGAACCGCACAGUGGUGCAAGCCAGAGGCGUAUGUGUGUGUGCUGGACUCAGAAACAGGCAAGUUAAUCUUGUUGAAAGGAUUUUCCAUCUUUUGUUUCUAUUUGCCAGUGUUAGUGUUUUGCUGGCUGCAGCUGUUACCUUUUUCUGGUUCCUUCUUCUUUUCUAAUGGGUCCCAGAAAUCCCUCUCCUGACCCCUUGUCAGAAUCAGAAAGUGAGGAAGAAGGAAGCACUCACUACCUAAAUGAGAGUUCUGGGGAAGAGUGGGAGUCCUCUGAGGAAGAGGACCCUGUGGUGCCCAACCUCACACCUCUUGAGAGUCUUGCCUGGCAGGUUAAGUGCCUUUUAAAAUACUCAACUACUUGGAAACCUUUAAAUCCUAAUUCCUGGUUAUAUCAUGCUAAACUCUUAGAUCCAAGCACACCAGUCCAUAUACUUCGGGAGAUAGGUCUAAGGCUCUCCCAUUGCUCCCAUUGUGUACCCAAACUGGAACCAAUUCCUGAAUGGCCACCUCUGGCUUCUUGUGGAGUCCCACCUUUUCAGAAGCCCCUGACAAGUCCCAGCCGGCUUUCUAGAGAUCAUGCCACUCUAAAUGGAGCACUGCAAUUUGCCACCAAACAGUUAAGCCGAACCUUGAGUAGAGCCACUCCCAUACCUGAAUACCUAAAACAGAUCCCUAAUUCAUGUGUUUCUGGUUGUUGCUGUGGCUGGUUAACUAAAACAGUUAAGGAAACAACCCGCACUGAACCCAUCAAUACCACUUACUCUUAUACUGACUUCCAAAAGGCAGUUAACAAACUCCUAACUGCAUCACUAUAAAGAUUCACCAUUUGUUGUGAUAUCUCUUAUGUUUCUAAUUCAGAAAAUAGUACCAAGUUGCACAGCCCAUAGCUGAGAAAGGAAUGCCUCCCCAACCAAACCACUCUCUCCUGACAAGCCCAAGUACUACUAAGUACUGAAUAUCUAUCCAAGAGGCCCAUCACUCAACUACAGAAAAUAUACAGUGUGAGCAUUCCCUUUGACAGAUCCUGUGGAUAAAACGAGAACAUCAAUAGAGAAUUAGUCAAAAAGGACCACAUUGCAAAGGAUAAAUUGACUAUUCUCCACAUUCAGUUCUCCCCCCAAUUUACUCUGCCUAUCUGAAUGGACUCUAACUAGUUAUCUAAUUAUUAACGGAAAGGAAAAGGUAGGCUACUACCCCUUUAGUUAGUAACAGCCGUUGUGGAAAGUGGGAAGUUAUCUGCUCCAAAUAAUACCUGGCUGAGCAAACUUUUCUCUGACAUUCAGUUAUAGGGAGGUAGUUGAAUUAAAUUGAAUAACUAGACAAAAGAAAAUGGUGGGACUAUAAUUUAUCCCCCAGCUUAUAUGGAUAGGUCUACAUAUAGCAUUAAACAGACAACUAUUCUAUAGAGAAUGUGUUUCCUGCGUCUUGGCACACAGACUUUAGUCGAAAUAAAACACACUCCAAAAGACCAAAGUGAAAGGAUUAUUAAGAGAGCAUUUAUGUUUAUGUUUUCUGUAUUAACUGCUAGUAGAUUAAAGUAUUUCAGUCUGUCUGUUUCCUGGAGCAGCACUAAAUGCACUUUCCCAUCCAUUGCAAACUUUUUAGCAUCACUUCUAACUUUAAAGAACUUUACUGUAGAAAAUCUCAUCCUAAUACACCCUGAAGUUAGAGUUUUUUAGUGUCAUUGUUUUUCUUCAUAGAUUAGCUUUAGAUCUAUCUGAACAAGGAAGUAUAUAUACUCUUGUAAAUGAGUCUUGCAGUGUUUAUUUAGAUGAGUCAAAAUGUAGACGUCAACAUAAAUAAAAUGCAUGAGACUGUUAGAUCUUUUCACAUACCUAUAAUAAAGAGUGAAACCUGUGUAUGAUCCUGGUUAACUAGGUACCUACAGGGUUCAGAAAAUAGAUUGUUAAAGUUAUAUCGUACUGCCU